AUGCUGCUCAAGGCUGGGGGCCUGUCUGGCAGUCGGGGAGAACCGAGGCUCAGCAGCCCGCCCCAUCACCUGGCGCGCUGCAAUGGCUUUGCUGUGCGGGUCGUGGACGUGGCGCACACCUUUGUUGAGGUCUGGGAGGGCGUCAUAGGCAUCGUUGCUGAGCUGGACGUCCUGGCAGGCUUUGCUGAGCUGGCGUGCAGCGACCCCACGCGGCCCUACGUGCGGCCUGAGAUCCUGGGGGAGGGCCAGGGCGAGGAGGUGGCGCUGGUGGGCUGCAGGCACCCCUGCGUGGAGGCGCAGGAGGGCAUCGCGUUCGUGGCCAACGACUGCAAGCUGGUCAAGGGUAGCAGCUGGUUCACCAUCGUGACGGGGCCCAACAUGGGCGGCAAGAGCACGUACAUCCGACAGGUCGGCGUGGCCGUGCUCAUGGCCCAGGCCGGCUGCUUCGUGCCCUGCGCCUCGGCCCGCAUCUCCCCCCGCGACGCGAUCUUCGCGCGCGUCGGCGCGGGCGACUGCCAGCUGCGGGGCGUGUCGACGUUCAUGGCGGAGAUGCUGGAGAGCGCAGCCAUCCUCAAGGGCGCGACCUCGAAGAGCCUCGUCAUCAUUGACGAGCUCGGCAGGGGAACGAGCACCUAUGACGGCUUUGGCCUGGCCUGGGCGAUUGGGGAGUACAUCAUGCACAGGCACAUUCUGCAGAGUGUGGGCCCAGCUCUGCUUGGCUCCUGA